CUUUUGUAUCCUGCCAUUUUUCUCCCCAAAGGCAUCAAAUCUCUGCCUCUCCGUCGCCAUCGAACUCUCAAGAACUCCUUUUUCAGCCGCAACGGUGGAAACGUGUCAUAUUUACUCCAGCUCGUAUUGGAUGGAUAUUUUAUGCCCAUCCUACGGGACGGAUGCGUGGACAAUGGACGUCUUCUGCUCAUCCUGAAGGACCACUUGUCCCAUUAUCUAAACUGCAAUAGGACCGAAUUGAAAAAGCAGCAGAAGCGUUGCCCAUCUGACACACACCAGAUGUCGCCAGCCUAG